CAAUUCAACGGUUCUACCAAUUCGCUUUUUGUGACGAUGUGGAAGUGACAGCUGCCACACCCUCGCCACGAAAUGAAGCUCCAUGCCCACGGCGGCUUUACUGCCGGACCCGUACAUGCGAGCUCCACCGUCCGCCGGCCACGUUCUGCUGCUCCGGAGACUUCUCUCCGGCAGAAUUCGAUUUCGGAGAGUCGCGUUGUUAGGGGAAUUUCAAUCGGGAGAAAAAGUUGCGCAAGUUUUUCAAUCAGGCGAAAUAGCCGCGCAAGUUUUUCUGUUCAUUGCCGACGGGAUUUACAGGAAGAUUCGGAGUGUUCUGAUGAGGUAGGGAGAAAAUCCGCUUCGCCAAUACUCAGUACGAGACGAGCCGUGCUUGGUGUUCCGUUAAUUGCAAUUGGAGCUCGAUUUCUACAAUCAGCCGUAGUCAGAGCGGAAGAGAAGUCGCCGGAGUCUGUGACACCAGUCCUUGAGGCGGUGACUUCACCGUCGCCGUUGGCGUCGCCUCAAGCUUCGACGGUUGAGAAGGAGGAAGCAAUAACUUCGAGGAUUUACGAUGCGACUGUAAUCGGAGAGCCGCUGGCCGUGGGAAAGGACAAGAGUAAAGUAUGGGAGAAGAUAAUGAAUGCUCGGGUCGUAUAUCUAGGAGAAGCCGAACAAGUUCCAAUUCGAGACGAUAAGGAAUUGGAGCUUGAAAUUGUGAAAAACUUGAAAAGAAGGUGUGCUGAAAGUGAAAGGAUAUUGUCUCUGGCUCUGGAGGCGUUUCCUUCUGAUUUGCAGGAGCAUCUCAACCAGUACAUCGACAAAAAGAUUGAUGGAGAAACUCUGAAGUCUUACACUUCAUAUUGGCCGCCGCAGCGCUGGCAGGAGUACGAGCCUCUUCUAAGUUACUGUCGUGAAAAUGGAGUUCGUAUAAUUGCUUGCGGUACACCGCUCGAGGUUCUGAGAAUUGUACAAGCAGAGGGUAUUAGGGGGCUUUCAAAAGCUGAUCGAAAAGUAUUUGCUCCGCCAGCUGGUUCAGGUUUCAUCUCUGGAUUCACGGCUAUGUCACGUAGACUAGCUGACCAGAAUUCUCCUAAUCAGCUUAUUCCUUUUGGUCCAAGUUCAUAUCUAUCUGCUCAAGCAAGAGUAGUCGAAGAAUAUGCCAUGUCACAAAUUAUUUUAAAAGCUAUGGGAGAUGGUGGAGGAACUGGUAUGUUGGUGGUCGUGACAGGUGCGAGCCAUGUUACAUAUGGAGCUAGAGGCACUGGCCUGCCUGCUAGAAUCUCAAGAAAGGUACCAAAGAAAAACCAAAUAGUUAUUUUACUUGAUCCUGAAAGACAACAAAUGCGGAGGGAGGGUGAAGUUCCUGUUGCAGAUUUCUUGUGGUAUUCUGCUGCCAGACCCUGCAGCAGAAACUGUUUUGAUCGUGCUGAAAUUGCUAGAGUUAUGAAUGCAGCUGGAAGAAAGCGUGAUGCCCUUCCCCAGGAUAUCCAGAAAGGGUUGGAUAUGGGUGUAGUAUCACCAGAGGUAUUACAGAACUUCUUUGAUUUGGAGCAAUAUCCUCUGAUUGCAGAACUUACCCAUCGUUUCCAGGGUUUCAGGGAAAGAUUGUUGGCAGAUCCCAAAUUCUUGCAUAGAUUAGCAAUAGAAGAAGCCAUAUCACUAACAACUACUCUUUUAGCACAAUAUGAGAGGCGGAAAGAGAACUUUUUCCUGGAACUUGAUUAUGUUAUUACAGACACUUUAAGGGGUGCAGUUGUUGAUUUUUUUACCGUCUGGCUUCCUGCACCGACGUUGGCAUUCCUUUCCACCGAUGACAUAGAUGUAUCUGGAAGCACAGAUAUUUUACAAGGUCUACUUGGGUCUAUCCCAGAUAAUGCCUUUCAAAAGAACCUUGCUGGAAAGAAUUGGAACCUCAGUCACAGAGUUGCAUCUGUAUUUUUUGGUGGCGUAAAACUUGCUAGUGUUGGAUUUAUUUCCAGUAUUGGGGCAGUGGCUUCCUCAAAUGCUUUGUUUACCAUCCGUAAAUUCCUCAAUCCAGGAUUGGAGACUAAGCAACGAAAUAAGAGAUCUCCAAUACUUAAAACAGCAGUUGUCUAUGGGUGCUUUCUUGGCACAUCAGCAAAUCUACGAUAUCAGAUUAUUGCCGGAAUAGUGGAGCACCGAUUAUCUGAUGCAUUUUCUUCUCAAAUAUUACUUGUAAAUAUGCUAUCAUUUGUUGUUCGAACAUUAAACUCUUACUGGGGUACUCAGCAAUGGAUCGAUCUCGCACGGUUUACCGGAUUACAAACUCGAGAAUCGCCUUCUUACCAAGUGCAAGAAUCUUCCAAUCCUGUUGCAUUGGGAUGUAAUGUCACUGAAGAGGCAACUCAGGCAAGUACCGAUGAGUUAAAGAAUCAAUAAGGUCACAUAACGCAUCCGAGAUAACUUGUAAAAAUUAAAUCCGGAUGCUACAUAAUUGACUCGUAAAGGAUAGAUUUGAUUUUGAGGGAUUUAUUUUUCUCCUGCACUAUUCGUUGUAAGCUAUUCGAUAUUAUUCAUCUAAUGCAAUUUUGGUGAAAUUGGAAGUCUAAAAUCGUA